GGCCAGGCUAGGGUCUGUUUACGGGUUCAGUUUUUCUCACCCCUACACAUUUCACCACAAAAACAUAAGCAUAGCUGAAGCGCUCGCCGCUGCCGCUAAUUAGCGCGGAGACCGCCGACGAAACCACUACCGCGGCAAAUGAUUGCUGAGAAAUCCACCAACGUCACUAAUGAGAACUAUCGAAGCCCCCAUCAAGCUUUGCUACCUCUUUCUUUCAGACACCACCACCUAAGUUAUAGACAUGACAGUGCUAUACGACAAAAAGAUCUUCACUUUUAGGAAAGGGGGAAAAGGCCGUUUAUUCUUGUCUUCUAGAGAAAACAAUAGUUAGUGGACUGGCUAUGGAACUAUUGCGGCCUGGUUCGGAAGGAGGGGCAGAAGCAGUACUAAAGCUUCAACCAAACACAUCCUUAUCUGUUGCCUACCAUCCUCUUUUUGGACCCCAUGAUGAUCUAAUGCUUCUUGAGCUUGAUGAGAAACUCCUCCCUGAAUUCCUUCACCAAAGUGUGACUUUGAGAGGGCAACCAAAUGAAGAUGCAGUUCUAUGCACCCAGUCAAAAACCUAUGCCCUAAAAUUCGUAGGGACGUCAAACUCAGUGUUUCUUAUUCCUCCAUCCGACCAGUCAAUCAUAGAAGAUGCUUCUCUUGUGUUGCACAGUAAAGACCAGAUGGCUGUUUCUUCUGUCCUCAAAGUCGCCCCUGGCUGUAUGGAACUGGUUGAGGUUUCUCCCAGAUUAGAUAAGCUCAAAGCACUUCUCUCCCAAAAUCCUUAUGGUUUUGGUGAUGAUAGGGCUUCAGAUAUGACAGAUCGGAGUGGAUUUCUAUAUAAAUGGGAUGAUCUGGUGGAAAGUAUUCAAGCCAGUGACGGUGAGCUAGCAGCCGGCUUACAAGCUUUGCCCGCAGUAGAGAUUAAUGGAUACUGGAAAAUUUUAGAUGAGCAAUAUAUGGAUGGAGUUCUUAACAUGCUUCUGCAUAAUUCAGUCAUCAAGAACUGGUCUUUGAACAUGUUGGAUGAAGAUGAAGUUCUUCAAGUGUUGGAAGGAGAUGGAUUUCCUAAGAAAAUUGCAAUGCACUGUUUGGAGGUCCAUGGUAGUAGAGAUGAUGAAGGCUUGGUUUGGAGGAUGGAUGAGAAGAGGAUUUGUGUGCACUUUGCGAGAGGGAUAUUGAGAGGAGGGAAGAAGAUGAAGAUGGAAGGUUUCAUGGAGCAAUGGAGAUUGAAGAUUCCAGAUGGGAUGGAUGUGAAUUUUGAGAUGCUGGAAGGGGAAGUGUUAACUGAGAAAAUGGGGAUAGAGACUUGGGUAUAUGCUUUUAGUGUGUCUUCAUUGUCUUCCGUUCCUGCUGAAAGGUUUUUGAUGCUUUUCCAAGAAAGAGCAAGAUGGGAAUGGAAGGAUAUGCAGCCAUAUGUUAGGGACCUAAAAGUGCCUGGGAUGUCUUUGGAGGGAUUACUUCUGAAGUACACCCGAAGAACCCAACCAACAGCGGAUGCAGAACCCAUAUUCAGCGCAAGAUAGAUAUCAUGUCUAUAUGUGGAAUUAUUGUUGUAAAAUCUUAUAUCGGUUAAAUGGUCAAAGUAGAGGCUCUCAUACCCUUCCUGAACUCUCAAUGUAGCAAUUUAAUGUAAAAAUAAAAACCCAUAAAAUGUAAUCAAAUCAAUCAACGCCGAGAAGAGUCAUCUUAUAGAUUCAAUCUCUUUGAAGUUUGAAUGGCCGCUCCAACACACUUCUCAGUUCUCAUACAAGAAUAAUUUCCCUUUCAC